CUUAGCUUACUCUUUCUGGGUUUUGACAACCUAAUGGAGCACUUUAGAAAAUGGCCCCUAAUGUUUAGCAAGCCGACGACGGAGUUAAGACUCUGUCUUACCGAAACAAUGUAGCUCCCUACAGCUACAAACCUUUCUCCUCGAGCCUAUAUAAGCUCAUCCCACCGCUGGCACACUGAGCAUCUUUCACACCUUUUGAUAUUAUCACCAGGCUCUCAAUACCCUCGAUACACGACUACAUUUGUAUUUGCAAACAUGUCACCUCCAUAUUCAGCACCACCACCACCAACAUGCCCCCUCUUCCGUCACCGCCAGCUUAGUCCGACCGCCAAUGUUCGAGUUUCUCCAAUAUGCCUCGGAGCCAUGAAUUUCGGCGAGGCUCACAAGGAGCGCAUGGGCGAAUGUAGCAAGGAAACGGCCUUUAAGAUCCUUGACACCUUCAAAAACUGUGGGGGGAAUUUUGUUGAUACAGCAAAUGGGUAUCAAAAUGGCGAGUCUGAGGAAUGGCUUGGGGAGUGGUUGGGUUCACGCAACUGCCGCGAUGAGAUGGUCAUUGCUACCAAAUUUUCCAGUGCUUAUCGAACGCACGAAAAGGAGAAAAUUCAGUCCAACUUCGGGGGCAAUGGAACAAAAUCCCUUCGCGUCUCUGUUGAUAAUUCGCUCAAGAGGUUGCAAACCUCUUACAUUGAUUUGCUGUAUCUACACUGGUGGGACUACGCGACCACCAUCCCCGAACUGAUGCACAGCCUCAACGAUCUUGUCGUCUCUGGGAAAGUCAUGUAUCUCGGCAUCUCGGAUUCACCAGCGUGGGUCGUUGCGAAAGCCAAUCAGUACGCACGUGAUCAUGGCCUCCGCCAAUUUGCCGUCUACCAGGGAAUGUGGAAUGCAGCUAUGCGAGAUUUCGAGCGUGAUAUUAUUCCCAUGUGCAGGGACGAGGGAAUGGCUUUGCUACCUUAUGGCACCCUGGGACAAGGACGUUUCCAAACUGAAGCUUCUUUUAAAGAGCGUGAGGAGAGUAACCCUGGUCGGAAGGGCAAACCAUCUUCUAUCGAGCGGGCUGUUUCUAAAGUAAUGGAAGAGCUCGCCUCCGCUAAGAAUACAGAAAUCACCAGUAUUGCAAUGGCGUAUGUCAUGCAUAAGGCAGCAUAUGUCUUCCCACUCGUUGGAGGCCGGAAGGUAGAUCACAUUAAGGGCAAUAUUGAUGCGCUCACUGUUGAUCUAACUGAUGAGGAUAUUGAGAAGAUUGAAAGGGCUUAUCGUUUUGAUCCAGGAUUUCCGCAUAACUUCCUUAGCGGCUCACUCUGGGAUGAUGAAGAUGACACACCCAAGGUCGCGCAAGGCCCUGAAGAUGUAUGGUUGACUAAUAUUUUGGGUACUUUUGAUUGGGUAAAGGGCUCGAAGCCUAUCAAGGCUUUUAAAUAGUAGAGGGUGAUUGUGAGGAUGAGGCGUAUCUACUAUAAGUCAUGAGAGUGGAUAAUUAUAUAGUAACGAAAAUUCAG